CUUUAUUUUCGCCUUUUGAAACUCAAUAUUUGUAAGUUUUUGUUUUGCAAAAUUUCAACUUUUUUUCUUGUUCUUUCCAGAAAAUGUGUCAGAAAUGAUCUGGAUCCAAACAUCUGGAUCUUUACUUGCAUGAUGGAAAAACUUGAUAAAAAAAAAAAAUUACAUUGUAAACAUUUUUCUAGUCGCGAUAAUAAUCUCCAUAAACACACCAAGGAUACACAAAUCUUUCAUGACUGUUAUGAUUUUCUGUUUGCAGAAGGAAACUCGGCUGCAGUUUUGAGAGCUAAAAUAAAUAAAUCGGCUCUGGAAAACAACAGCUGUGUAUUUGCUGCAGGGCUGAAAGAGAYGGAAACAAACCAGGAUGUAGUUUCUGUUUGUUACUGAAAUUUUAGGAAAUAUUGCUGGAGCUUCAAGCUUUUGACUCCCAAACUGAGUUUUUGUUUUUCGCUGCACUGUUGUUUGUUUUCGAUUAUGUGUUUGCUGCGGAUCAUUGAAUCAACUGGACUCAGUUUCUGCUUCAUCUCCCUGAUUUUCAUUUUUGCCUUUGUGUUUUCAGACCACAGAUUCUCAGGUCAGUAAUUUCGUCUCUGCAGCCGUCUGAGUCUCAUCACUGUCUGAUUAAAUGCCGAUGGAGCGGCCUUUGACUGWUCCUCUAAGUUUCAUGAGACUGUCUUCACUCAGCACUGAGUCCAUCAGGGAAACUGCUGGCACACAAACAUCCUGCAGGCAGGAAGARAAACUCAUCUGGUUUUAUUCUGCAGCUGAUGUCGCAAAUCAACAACUUACUAAAAGUCAAAAGAGAGUUUUGUUUAAUUUUUUUUUUUGCAGAAGAAGAUUUAGGCAAAAUAAAAACUUUGCAAAAAAUGACUGAUGAUAUUAAUCUUGAGCUAAAAGAUGUUUUAAAAAGUUCGUUAUGACAGAAAUACAUUUUAUUUAUGGGUUCAGGGUUUUCAUGUAGGUGUCAGCUAAAAAAUAAUCAAAUAAAAAGUUAAAUAGUGGCUGAAGGUGUGCAGGGUUCUGCAGCCGGGUGUGUUUUGGUUUUUUACAUUUUCAUCUCAGUUGAUUUUUUUAUUUUUAUUUUACAGAGCAGAUGAAGGUGAGAAGGCUCGGAAAUGUAUGAUAUAUUUCGAACAAAUGUAAAAUCAUGUUGGUUUAUUUUAAUUUUUUUCAUGUCGAAUAAAUAAAUUGUGUUAAAAAUAAAAAYCAAUUUCACUGUUUUUAUUUGUCUCCCUAAUGAUGUUUGGCUGUUAAAGUGCAACAGAAUCCACCUGCUCCUCUCAAACCACGUGACUGAUGAUGUCAGCAGAGUCACAAUCAAAGCCGGGAACCUGGAGACAAAAUGGUGUUAGUGCGCCCAUCCAUCCAUCCAUCCAUCCAUCCAUCCAUUCAUCCAUCCAUCCAUCCAUCCGGCCGGAAACGGGGCUGAAACAGACAAAAACASUGAAUCACUUUAAUUUUCUGGCUUCUCCUUUCAGUUCCGCUGCAUUCAUGAAGUUCAGGAGACAUAUGGGAAAAGCAUUAGCCUCCAGUCACCAGGGCCCUCCCACCCUCUCUGUCUUGCUCUCUAAUCCGCCCACAUGAACCGUCUGAGGAAAAAAAUAGUGCAGGAGGUGACGCUCCUCCAAAGGAACAGAGAGGAAGAGGAGAGGGAGAGGAGAGGGAGAGGAGAGGAAGAGGUGUCUACAGGCUGCAUCUCCACUCAAACAUUUGGAAGAGGGGGGAGGCAGAGGAAGAGCUACACCCAGAGAGAGAGAGAGAGAGAGAGAGAGAGAGAGAGAGCAACAAAGACUGGCACUUCUGUUUUUUCUUUUUUGGCAAUAACAAAGAGGUGGGAGAGACAGAAAAUAGCAUAAAUAAGCGGGGGACUUCUGCUUCAUUUCAUCCGGAAGACUCCAUCAUCAUGACCAUAACGCGCUUUAAGUAACAUCCGGCAAUAAUAACGCGGCUUUCCAGCAACAGAUGCGCGCGAUUUGCCUCUGAAUUUGAUUGGAGAGAAAAGCAGCAGCAGAAGAAGAAAAGAGAUCAGCUGAAUGCCUGCGAGAAACUGGACUGAGAGCAUCAAGCAGAGAAAUCUGCGCUUUGAUUGAUCUUUUUCCGUAAAGCUUCACGUGCGUGUCUGCGCGCGCACAGCAGCCGAACCUGAGCCAAACGCGAACUCCUCAGACUCCUCCUCCCUCCUCCUCCUCCUCCCUCCGGUUUCUCGCAUCCUCUCCCUCCUCCCCCCCCGGUGCUCUAUGCUCAGUUCGGUGUGUGUAUCCUCUUUCAAAGGGCGCAAGGGUGGGAACAAGUCGUCCAACAAAGCAUGUUACAGCGCAGACAUGACUUGUCCGUCGGAAAGCGAGAAAAUCGUGAUAAACUGCGGGGGGGUGCGGCAUGAGACGUACCGGAGCACCCUGAAGACGCUGCCCGGGACCCGCCUGUCGUGGCUCACCGAGCCGGACGCCUUCAGCAACUUCGACUACGACCCCAAAUUGGACGAGUUCUUCUUCGACCGCCACCCGUCGGUCUUCUCCUUCAUCCUCAACUACUACCGCACCGGGAAGUUGCACUGUCCCAACGAUGUGUGCGGUCCGCUGUUCGAGGAGGAGCUGGCCUUCUGGGGCAUCGACGAGACGGACGUGGAGGCGUGCUGCUGGAUGAACUACCGGCAGCACCGGGACGCGGAGGAGGCGCUGGACAGCUUCGAGACCCCGGAGCCGGAGGCGCCGGACGACGACCCGGCUCUGGGCGGCGCGGACGGGGACCUGAGGAGACUGUGUCUGCAGGAGGACGCGCGGAGAGCGGGCUGGUGGAAGACCUGGCAGCCCAGGAUAUGGGCUCUGUUCGAGGACCCGUACUCCUCCAAAUACGCCCGGUAUGUGGCAUUCAUUUCCCUCUUCUUCAUCCUCAUCUCCAUUUCCACUUUCUGCAUGGAGACGCACGAGGCCUUCAACACCAUCCUAAACAGGACAGAGAACGUCACAGACGGCAACACGACCCACGAGGAGAUAGUGUACGAAGUGGUGACCGACAGCUGGUUGACGUACGUCGAAGGCGUCUGCGUCAUUUGGUUUACAAUUGAGGUCUUGCUGCGGGUCAUCUUCUGUCCAGACAAGUUGGAAUUCUUCAAAAGUGCCCUCAACAUCAUCGACUUUGUCGCCAUCCUGCCCUUCUACCUGGAGGUGGGCUUGAGCGGCCUGUCCUCCAAAGCUGCCAAGGAUGUCCUGGGGUUCCUCCGUGUUGUCCGAUUCGUCCGUAUCCUCCGAAUCUUCAAGCUCACUCGCCACUUUGUGGGUCUGCGCGUCCUCGGCCACACCCUUCGCGCCAGCACCAAUGAAUUCCUCCUGCUCAUCAUCUUCCUGGCCCUCGGCGUCCUCAUCUUCGCCACCAUGAUCUACUACGCCGAGCGAAUUGGGGCAGACCCAGACGACCCGACUGCCAGCGCCCACACCAACUUCAAGAACAUCCCCAUUGGGUUUUGGUGGGCCGUGGUGACGAUGACCACCCUGGGCUACGGUGAUAUGUACCCGGAGACGUGGUCGGGAAUGCUGGUGGGAGCGCUCUGUGCCUUGGCUGGUGUGCUGACCAUUGCUAUGCCUGUACCUGUCAUUGUCAACAACUUCGGCAUGUACUACUCUCUGGCUAUGGCCAAGCAAAAGCUGCCCAAAAAGAAGAACAAACAUAUCCCUCGAGCGCCUCAGCCGGGCUCGCCCAACUACUGCAAGCCAGACGCCCUGGCAAUGGCCACCGCAUCACCACAAAGGAUCCUGGGAAAUGUCUUAGGUGGAGUGAUGGGGUCCGGAGGAAUAGGGGGUGACUGUCCUCUUGCGCAGGAGGAAAUCAUAGAGAUCAACAGAGAUUCCAAGCAGAACGGCGACGCAGCCUCSGCCGCCCUGGCUAACGAGGACUGCCCCACCAUCGACCAGGUGCUGAGCCCGGACGAGCGGAGCCCCAUCGGGCGGGGCCCCACUCGGGAACGCUACCAGCAGGACCGAGCCUGCUUCCUACUCAACACCAGGGAAUUCCGUGCCACAGAUGGGAAUGUGCGGAAAGAGGCAGCAGCCCUGGCUCCCAGCCCAGACUCCCCUCUGACUGAGGAUUGGUAUAAGAUGGAGGGGUCUCUGUUACAGCAGGACCUCAAUGCAAACUCCACCUCCUCCUGGAUCAAACCGUAGCUCAGAGGCCGCCACUGCAGUGCAAGUGUAACUAAAGUCUGACUCUAGUGUUAAGUUUCUAGCAUUCGCCUUCUCUGUUAUGAGGAGUCAGUAACUGGUAAACAAAUUGCGGCGGGAGCCACAUAAGCGACAGGCUUGUCACGGACGGACAGUUGAAAGGAGAUCUUUGAGGUGACGAGAGAGACCAGAGGGUAAUCAUGAAUUUWAAAAAAAUAUAUAAAUAUGUAUCACACGGUCUGCUCCUCACAUUGGUACCAAAGCAGCCUCUUGGAUCGCCAACCACACCUUUUUUGACAACAGUUCACCUGAACCCCCUCCCACCCACCCAGUUCUUCUUCCUGUGCCCCCUUCCCUUGUCCUUCAAGCGGACUGAGCAUUGCACUGACACACUUUUGGAGAAAACAGGACUCCUGAUGACACAUUCCAGACGACAUCUCUCUGACAGUGUUAUGARCGSCAUCCUGCUUAUUGACCAAAUCGGCGCCGCCUGCAGUGCCGAACUACUGAGCAAGUUUCCCGGUCAAGCACUCGUCUUUCACCUGGACUCAAACGAACAAUGUAGCAUCUCUGCUAACACACUGUAGCAUCUGUUGGUUGGGAAAUACCUUGACUUAAAAACCAAUCCAUCCAUCCACAGUUCAAUGAGAGAGAAAAUUAUGCAUUCAAGGGAUCUUCUAGAUGUCACUCCUGUAUUCCUUUCCAGUGAAGAAGAAGAAGAAGAAAGUCAUUGAGGGAGCACAUGAGAGACAAAGGAUUGGUCUUAUUCAAUACAACAAUUAAUUUAAAAAAGAGAUGCACAAAUAUAAAAAUGCACAGUCUUUAACGGCACCUCCUGAUAGCCCCUUGUUAAAGUUUAGCACUUGUAUAGUCUUCCAUUUACUUCUAUUAGACUGAAGUACUGCCCUGCUCACCAAACAGCACUAACUGAAGCAGAACAAUCGAAGCACAUGUAGCAUUAUCUGAAACCAGUCAUUUUGUACUCGCCCUAAACAGUCUUCAUCACUAAAUAGUGGAAAAAGACUUAUCUUUAUCUCUCAUGUACUGAUGUGGGCUUGCACGAAAAUCUAUGUUGGGGACCAAAGGUCCUUUAGCAUGCAUUUGCUGAAUGACCCUCUGUAAUGUAUAGUAGAUUAGUAGAGAUCUUAAAUAUAGGGUGAGGCUUCUACUCCCUCUCAUGCUAACCAUCGUCUCUUAGUCCUUUGACUGCCAGUAGCUUCCCGUGCCUCACUGCACACGUUGGAAACGUCCCCCUGUCUGGGCGACGGAGACUUGAUUAGUAAACAGACUGACUCAUGGAGUCAAACCCUGGUGGAAUAUCGGCCUAUCCUGCCUAAAUUACAAAAAAAUGCAAACAGUUCUGCAUUAUUUUGAACGGGACCAAUCUGGUGAAUAUUUCCCACACACUGCCGAUUAGGCGCCAAGACUCCUCUGAUGCAUACUGCCCUGCCUCUCUUGUCCCUCUUGCUGCCAACAAGUGCUUCACUGGCAACACAAUGUCACGAUGAAGUUCAUGGGGGAAAGAGGGAGUCCUGCUAGGCCCAAAGGAUAUAUUCAGAGAAACGAACCAAGAGUAAGAGCAAGCGUGGACGUGUACAAAGAGAACAAAUCUAUAUUUUGAUAAACAAAUCUACGAUGCUCCAUGUCUUUGGAGAUGGGGUCCUGUCCGGGAAGAGUCCGGGAAAAAAAAGGUCUCAUACAAGAGAAGAAAAAUAGUCGGUGGAAAGGAUGCAGGAAAAGAAGUAUUCCUUCAUGCUGGGGUGGGCAACAUAAUUUAACCCACAGGUGUUGGGGAYGAAAAAAGGUCUCUAGAAAGACCUUUAGCAAUGACUGACUCUUGCCCAUUCAGACAUGGAAAAGAAAAAUGAUGGACAAUAAGAAUAAUGGGGAAAAAAAUGCAUUUUUGUAACUUUGUUUACCAGCAUGACUACUUUGCAUGACUGUCUUUUCUGCAAGCCCUUAGUUGAAGACAAGGGUGCUAGAGAUACAAAAAAGUAUAUAAAAUAAAUUUAAAAAAUGUUAUAUGCAAUUAAUGUUUUAAAAAAGAUUAUAAUUAAAGAGAAGAGCUAUAUUUUCUUUUGAGAAGUAAAAAAAAUGUGAAUAUUGAAACAUGUAUGUUUGCAAAGUACACCCUGAACUAUGUUUUGUUUGAUGAAAUCUCUCUGCUACUACUGCCCUACACUCUUCAUUCCAGUGUUGAUGACCUCUGCCAUGGUUUUUAUUUUGUAACGCGUUGAGCAGCACACUUUCUAAACAUUCAAUUGACCAACUUUGCCCGUAGCAUCUGAGCAAAGUGCUGUAGUUGUCGUCAGUCACAAAGUCCAUGUUUCCUCCUUGACUUGUUUGCACAUCUUCCGUAGCAAAAGCAGAACCCGUACUGAAACAGCAGCUCUCCAUGUUCCGAAAGCUUGAUUAGUACUCAUAGUUUGCUAGUUUUCUUUGGCAAUAACGCAAGAGUUGUCGCGACUGUAGCUGAUAAAAACCGAGUCCUUUGAGUCAUCUUCAAAGCUUCGGCGUUGAAGGGAUUCCUGAGUCUUGGAUGCCUCGUUCGCAGGGAUAGCAGGAGAACAGGAAGACCAAUAAGAUAAAUAAAAAAGAUGCAAUAUGGCGAGGAGUUGGGAGAGAUUUUUAAGUUUGCAUGGAAUAAACUGCCAUUCCAGAUUCAGAGCGUGGGCUUUAGGGACUCAGGUGUGCUGAUGGUGUGUGUGGAUGUAGGUGUUUUGCUAUUUUCUUUUAACAUAAUAAAUUCUAAUAUAUAGAAAAAUAAUAAUGUGAACACCUCACAGUGAUGUGUUAAAAAAUUAAAAAUAAAAAAAACAAUACAAAAAAACAGCAUGCAUUAUGACUUGAUAAUCUCUCAAGGGGGAACAGAGUCUUGCCAUUUCCCUCCAGCCUUCUGUCAUUGUUCCCGUCAUGAUUCCAGUCCGGAUAACUUUAUAAACACUGUGCCGUGUUGUAGAGCAGCAAAGUCUUCCUUGGAGAGGCAACUGAGAACUACUCACACUCACAGUGUCGGCAUGAGUGUGUAGAGGUAGCUUGUCUUCAUUUUUUCUUAAAAGGUCAGGUCUUAGCAUCUGUCAUGACCACACGGUCGAGUUYUUGUCAUCCCACUGGCUAGUUCAUCGUAUCACAACGCAGUCAUGCAAGCACCAAUCAAAGAGACCCAGAGCUUCCAAAAUGAUGUCAGAAAGUGAUAAAGAAAGGGUAAGAAGUGGUCCACCUGGGGGAGACUGAUGGUGAAAAUGAAACGGUGACAAAGGGAACCUGAGUGUAGAGGGGUCUUCGAGAACUUCUUCUUUGGUUUGGUUUUCCCAGUGAGUUUCAGGCCCCGCUGGUCCGGGGUUUAGCUCAGGCAGCUGAACGGUCCUCCACCCAUUCCCCGUUCAUUUCAGCGUGAUGUAGACGACAGAGAGCGUUCAACAGUUCUGUUGAGUCUGCGCAGGUUUAACAGGGUCUACAACUUUCUCUAUUUGCAAAACACACAGUUUUCAUUCUGGAAAGUUCUCAGAGCUUGGAUGGCCACGGAGAUUUUUCAGAGGUGGCGUGCACACCGGCAAAAACACACAAAAAAAACUUUGUGAUUCACCCAGUUGUUUGUAAGUUGUAAUUUUUACUUUAGAUGGCCAGGCAGUUUUUAUUUUCAUGCCACUGUUUUUCAUUGUUAAGUUCGCCAUAUCUUUGUUCUCCACGUUGCAGCUGUCUGCCAGCGGCAGGCUGAAAAAGAUGUCUUAUUUUUCCCCUGAUGCAUAAUACUGCCAUUUGAUUUAGAUUUGGUUAACAGGAUGAGUUACAAUGUUGAUUGUGCUAAGUCUGUUUUAUUUUUUAAAGGUUUUCUAUGUGUUGGAAAAUGUAAAAGAAAAAAGCAGUCACCUCAUACAACCAAAAGGACAGAAAUGCUUUGUGUCGGCGUGUUACUCUGAUUUGUCCUGAAGGCGCCACGCGGUCUUUGGACAAAAACCUCCUCAGCAGCAUCCUGUUUGGUUUUACUCACCUGUUUGUUCAUUUUUAAAAUGUUUUCAUUGUGUCUCUUUUUGUUUGAGGACACUGUAUGCAAUCCACACCAUGAAUGCCACUGAUCGACACUUACUGUAAGCUCCCCGAGACACAGGUGUGCCGUCAUCAGUUUAGACGUUUUCAGCCACCUAUUUAGUGGCUUUAUGGCUUUCCAUAGAGUUACAUAGCAAUCACAUAUAUCUUAAAAAAAAAAAGUAUUUUACAAAUUGAAAAUAUUACAGUUGUUUCAGAGCAAAUUAUAUCACUAUAUAAAGUUUUCUAAUAUAUGAAAUGUUAUUUUAAUUAGAAAAUCUAACAAGUCUAACCUCUUUAUAAACAUCUGAUUUACUGCAUUCACAUAAGCAUCCCAAAGAUUCAUUUUACAUGCUAUUAUUGUGUAAAACAGACUUAGGUACUGGUCCAUUGUACUGUGGUCUUAAAUGGAGCCUGAAUGGGGAGAAGAGGUGGCCACUGGAGCGUCAGGUUGUGACUUAUGCCGGAUUUCAUUUUUGAAAUGUUGGGACACGAAGAACAACUCAUCAAGAACUGUAUAAAGUAUAUUUCAAUGGAAUGUUCAUGAUCUAUCUUUUUAUAUUUUGAAGAGAAAAAAAAUAGAAACAUAUCAAUAAAGCGUCAUAAUUGAACAUAUUUCUACUAUUGAGACUUAAAAUGUAUGAAUGUCAAUGCGAUCUAAUGUGAACCAACCUGCAUUGCAGCUUGAAUGAAUAACUGAACAACAGUCACGAGAUGCUUUUUCCAGAGACAUUGAAAUUGCUUAAAAAUCACUGAGAUCAACCUAAAAUAAACGGAAGAGUAAUCUCA